AUGUUCAACUCAUUUACGACUAUAUUCAUUAUAGGCAUUGUUGUAUUUUUCAUCGUUACUGUAUUCUUAGUUUGCUUUACGAGGUCUUCCAUUGAGCUACCGAUAUCGCUUGGUCAUUAUUCAGAGUUUGACGAUUGGCCGCUUGAUUCUGAAGAGUCAAUUGCGUGUCUACAAGAAGAUGCAAGAUUAAGUUAUGAUAGAGCAAAGAUUUGGCAAGAUAGACAUCCACCAGAUAGUAUACCAACAGACAUUACACCACCACAGUUCUUAUCGAUUCAGGAGAAGGGGGUUUCUGCGUUUGAAUUCGAGGGAGAGCCUGAUGCAAACAUCUAUGUAGCUGGAAGGACGGAAUUGCAGUUCAUUGAUGGUGAAUGCUCUAUUCAGACAAACCUACCACUGCCUAGACAUCAAGAAGUAUAUUACUGGGAGGCCAAGAUGUUUGAAAAGCCAGAAACAACUAUUGUAUCUGUAGGUGUUGCGACGAAACCAUACCCCACAUGGAGGUUACCAGGCUGGAAUCGAUACUCCAUUGGAUACUUUUCAAACAAUGGCUGCAAAUAUUUCUCAUCACCUUUUAACGGAAAACCAUAUGGCAUUCCCUUCAAUCAUGGAGACAUCAUUGGCGUUGGAUAUAGACAUAGAACAGGCACCGUGUUUUUUACACGCAAUGGCAGGAGAUUGGAGGAUGCAUACACUGGAUUACGUUGGAAUUUAUUCCCUACUAUUGGUGCGAACGGACCAUGUCAAAUACAUGUGAAUUUGGGUCAAUCUGGAUUUGUGUUUGUCGAAGCCAAUGUCAAAAAGUGGGGUUUAGCACCGAGCAUGGGCACACUACCAGCUCCUCCAGCUUACGGCAUUGAAAACGAUACUAUUUUGCUAGCAAGAGCAGGUGGACAUUUGUCAUCUUCCGCUUCAUCGAGUCGACAGCCUCAUGCUGACAGUGACGCUUAUUCAAUGCACAGUCAUCAGCAAUCCAACACCUUGAUCACCAUGGAUGAUAAUGAUGAAGGUGACCAUACCAACCAAAACUCUAUACCAGAUCCACCACCUUAUUCCAAUAGCCACUCGAACGAAAGAAACAAUUUGCUGGACUAA